GGAAGGAGGCUGCAGUGCAGGAUGGCGGCAACGACUUAGGAGCGGCUGAAGUUGCAUAUCACACCUGAAAAAUUUUAUGUGGAAGCUUGUGAUGAUGGAGCAGAUGAUGUACUUAUCAUCGACCGUGUGUCCACAGAAGUUACACUCUCAGUCAAGAAAGAUAUUCCUCCUUUGGCUGUCACAAGACCAAUAUUUGGUAUACUGGGGACAAUCCAUCUGGUGGCAGUUACAAGAUAAUAAAACUUUCCUAGCAAUGAAAAACCAUGUCUUGAGUGUGGAUGGGUUUGACUUUUCAACGACAUACGAUUUGACCCAUACUUUGCAGCGGCUGUCCAACACUAGUCCAGAAUUCCAGGAAAUGAGUCUCUUGGAAAGAGCAGACCAGCGGUUUGUUUGGAAUGGUCAUCUUCUAAGAGAACUUUCUGCUCAGCCGGAGGUCCAUCGGUUUGCUCUUCCAGUAUUACAUGGCUUUAUUACUAUGCACUCAUGUUCUAUUAAUGGAAAAUACUUUGAUUGGAUUCUCAUCUCGAGGAGGAGUUGUUUCAGAGCUGGUGUCUGCUAUUAUGUAAGAGGAAUUGAUUCUGAAGGCCAUGCAGCUAACUUUGUAGAAACAGAACAAAUUGUGCACUACAAUGGGAACAGGGCUUCAUUUGUACAGACUCGAGGACCAAUACCACUUUACUGGUCUCAAAGACCAAACCUCAAGUACAAACCACUGCCACUGAUCAACAAAGUAGCAAAUCAUAUGGAUGGUUUCCAAAGGCAUUUUGAUUCACAAAUAAUUAUUUAUGGAAAGCAAGUCAUAAUCAAUCUGGUUAAUCAGAAGGGCUCAGAGAAGCCACUUGAACAGGCGUUUGCAACAAUGGUGUCUUCAUUGGCAAAUGGAAUGAUCAGAUAUAUUGCCUUUGACUUCCAUAAGGAAUGUAAAAAUAUGAGAUGGGAUCGACUAAGUAUUUUAUUGGAUCAAGUAGCAGAAAUGCAAGAUGAAUUAAAUUAUUUUCUAGUGGACUCCGAUGGCAAGGUGGUGACUAACCAGGAAGGCGUGUUCCGCAGCAAUUGCAUGGAUUGUCUGGUCCAGAGUCUGCUAGCUUGUCGUUCACUUCAGGCUCAGCUACAGAGACUAGGAGUUUUGCAUGUGGGACAAAAGCUUGAAAAACAGGAUGAAUUUGAGAAGAUUUACAAAAAUGCCUGGGCUGACAAUGCAAAUGCUUGUGCCAAACAGUAUGCAGGAACUGGUGCCUUGAAGACUGACUUUACCAGAACUGGGAAGAGAACUCAGUUGGGACUUCUAAUGGAUGGCUGGAACUCACUAAUAUGGUAUUACAAGAACAACUUUUCUGAUGGAUUUAGAAAAGAUUCCAUAGAUUUAUUUCUUGGGAACUAUUCAGUGGAUGAAUUAGACUCUCAUAGUCCUUUAAGUGUUCCAAGAGAUUUGAAAUUCCUGGCUUUGCCUAUUAUCAUGGUUGUUGCCUUUUCCAUGUGCAUCAUCUGCUUGCUUAUGGCUGGUGACACCUGGACAGAAACACUGGCCUAUGUGCUCUUCUGGGGAGUUGCAAACAUUGGAACAUUUUUUAUUAUUCUUUACAAUGGCAAAGAUUUUGUUGAUGCUCCCAGAUUGGUCCAGAAAGAAAAGAUAGACUGA